GGCUUAGCAAAAAUGGUUUUAUUUUGGCUGCCCCUUUCACGUUUACGGGAAGGUUCUCCGCCAGACUCCAUUAUAAAAAGCACCAAUUUAAUCUAGGCUGACUCACUGACGAGGUAAACUUCGUAGAGCAACGCUGUUUAACGUCUAUUGUUUUAUUGAGUUUGGCGUUACGUUCUGUGCGUACGACAGCCUCGUCAGCUUCCCACGUCACCUAGUUGAUAGAAACAUGACAGCGCACACACGUUACGUUACAGCACGUUUCCAGCCACAGUAGCUGACUUUUGCAGCUCUUACACAAUAUACGGGGACACAGCGACCAAUAUAUGACUAUUAUAUUACGACAAAUGCAGUGUGUGCUUGUUUUGAUAGCUGGAGAGGCCGGCUUAUAAGGCGGGUUGCAUCAUCUUUCCUUCCGGGAUAACGCUCCGCUGUGUCACUCAUAACUGACCGCAGAUGGGACUCCAAGUUCUGCUGUACUGGCCGAAUAUUACCGGAUACAUUCGGAUUGGCCUUGUGUUUGCAGCGUGGGCUGCCUAUGAGACACCAGAAGUCUUUGUGUCUCUUUACUCCAUCUCCAUAGCCCUUGAUGGAGUGGACGGCUGGCUGGCGAGGAGGCUGGGCCAGAGCUCCAGGUUUGGGGCCUGGCUGGACGUCGUGGUGGACAACCUGGGCAGAGGCAUGCUGUGGAGCCUUCUGUAUGAGUGGGGUUGGCUAGUGUCUGCAGUGGAGUGGUGUGUGUUUGUGUGUAACCACAACCCCAGAGGUGAACAGUGGAAGAACAGCUUCACCACCAGCCCUCGAUUUAUACGGGCCAUCAUGGCAAACGGGUUUCGGACGCCUCUCGGCACGUGGGUGGUGAGCGGGCUGCACUGCCUCCCGCUGUGGCUGUAUGGGUGUCAGUGGGGUUUGCUGGCUGAGUGGCUGUACCUGCCUCAGUGGAUCCAGACCCUGGGGACACUGCUGCUGGCUGCAGGCCGCCUGCUGGCUCUAUCAGCGGAGAUGUGGUGUAUAUGGACACACAUUGAAUACCUUGCCAGUGAUGAGGAGCCAGAAGAGAAAAACAACUGAAAGCCACUUAGCAGGGUCAGUGUUCUGUACACUGUGCUGUCUACUCUGGAAAAAUCCAGAAUAAUCCAUUCCACCACCUUUAUAUGAACAAUGGCCUCAAGUCACAUUUGGUUUUCUCCUCACUCAGCCAUAGCUGUGGGUGAACGUGGUAAAAUGAGCUACAUUUUGACUUUUUGUUCUACUCCUGCAUAAAAAAGUGUAUUUAUUUCAGAUAUCGCCUACCAUAUCAAAUCCUUCUGGACAUUUAGACUCCAUUUACACCUGGUAGUAGAAUGUGAUCUGUAUUUGGGCAUGUUAUCAACAUAAAGAAAAACGCUUGUUAAAGCUGCAGUAGGUAAUUUUCGUUGCCUUCAGGCCCGGUGGAAUGCACUUAUUGCAUCUGCCAAAUUUAAAAGAGGAAACAAAUUGUUAAGAAUAUGUCAUAGACAGUAUUUCAUAAAGUUUCCCCUAACUCAACAACUCACAAAACUCCAGAAUUUUAAGGAAGCCUGCAGCUGAUUUUCCACAACGCAUUACUCACGCAGGUUUCGCUCUGGAGCAGCAAGAUCCCAUCUCAAUGAGGAUAACAAGAAUGCAUUCUAAAUACUAUGUGUAAGGUAAGAUCGGAUCAUUUAUCUUUGGGAUAACGUGUCAGAUCACAUUAUAAUGCCAGGUGUAAAUGGGGUGUCAGAUUAAUAUAUGUGACUGCUUUAGAGGUACAGCACGAAUAGCAUUUUGCACAUAAAUAGGAUUUGAAUAUCUUUGUUAAACCAGUGAACAUGGUUGAUUUGUGUGUGUGGCUGCUGAGAUACAAGAUGUCUCCUCUUUACUGAGAGACUGUAACAGUUUGCGGGCAUUCAGAUGCACUUUAAAAGCCUCUGGUUUUUUGAGCUGUAAAGGGAACAUUAAUAUUAUUUAUUUAUAGGAAACACAAAGCUGAGAAAAAGCCAAAAUAAAUCUAUGCUGGCGCUUUUUUAGGUACGUGAGCGGGUCAGUCAGAAGUGUGAAAAUGUCUGCGAUAAACAACAGUCUCUAUUCGCUGUCAUUCGCUUCAUGAAAUGACACAGCAACCAAAGGGAGAGGCCUACUGUACGCCUAGAUCACACUGAUAUUGAACAGGUAUCCUGUAUCCUGUGUAGCUCCUAGAUAGAUAGAUAGAUAGAUAGAUAGAUAGAUAGAUAGAUAGAUAGAUAGAUAGAUAGAGAUUAUAUAUAUAUAUAUAUAUAUAUAUAUAUCUCGCUUAAU